GUGCUUCGCGGCUCUUGUUUUUGGCGUCUUUGCCACGGCUGCUGCAGUGCCUGCUCUUUUGCAAGCACAGGAAGACGAAAAGACAUGGCCAAAGAACGACGCCCAGGCCAUGUCCAGCUGCCUGCCGCAUAGCCGGCGAGUUCUGCGGUGUGCAGAACGCUCUUCCCAGAAGGGCGAGAGGGACAAUGUCCCGGCAGUCUCCUCUGCUAUUUGUCAUGCAAAAUUCACUAGAGAUUCGCCACGUCUCAUGCUAACGCGUGUUAAAGCUCUAAGUAACAAUUCGUAG